AGAGCUUUGGAGAGUUUGAGGGUGAUUUUACUGCUAUAGACGAGAGCCAGUCCUUAUUGAGUCUUUAUAUACAGUUUAUAGACACAGUUUAAACAGACAGUUUGAUUACUGUACAGUGUUAAGUACAGAUUAUUGAUCUGUCAGUCUCCGAACACCACACAAUGUCCACAGAGGUCAGAGAGGUGCUUCUGGAGGUUUACCUCAACGGUGCCUUCUACUGCAGGGAAAGUUACUGGGCAUCAGAUGAUAAAGAUGUGCAGCUGGAGUUUGAGAUCACCAAUGCCAUCUAUGACCUUCUCGGCUGCAGCGCAUCUCAAGAGAUAGAUGUGCAGCUGGAGUUUGAGACGGACGAUCACGUCUCAGUCGGUCACUGCAGUCCAGGAGAGAUGCACAUGGAGCUGGAGACUGAUGAGAAUCAGAACAUCUCAGUCUGUGAAGUGAAAGACUUGCAGCUGGAGAUGAACAGGAACGUCAGCGUCUCAGAGCUGAAGAAGCCUGCGCUGGUGUCUGAAGAUCUGAGAGACCCAGCAGGACCUUCAGUGGAAGACAGCGGUGUUCAGGAGAACAGCCCGACAGAAAGCACUGCUGGGUGGAUGUUCAAGAAAAUAAGUGCAGUCUUCCAGCAAUUGACUGCAAUCUUCCAGACAAAUGCACUGAAUGCUGUUGGGAAACCUGAAGUGGAUCUUCUUGAUCCAGAGGAAUCAUUUGGUCCAGAUCCCAGCAUUCCUGAUCCAGAACCUAAAGUGGAUCUUGUUGAUCCAGAGGAAUCAUUUGGUCCAGAUCCCAGCAUUUCCAAGCAAGAACCUGAAGUGAAUCUGGUCGAUACCGAGCAGUCAUGUAUCCCAGAACCUGAAAUGGAUCUUCUUGAUUCAGAGGAAUCAUGUCUCCCAGAUCCCAGCAUUCCCGAGCCAGAACCUGAAAUGAAUCUGGUCGAUAUUGAACAAUCGUGUGUCCCAGAUCCCAGCGCUCCUGGUCCAGGACCUGAAGUGGAUCUUGUUGAUCCAGAGGAAUCCUGUGCACCUGGUCCAAGCGUUCCCGAGCCAGAACCUGAAGUGACAUCAGAGCAUUUAAGUUUGGAAAACUGCAUCCGUCUUAAUGUGUCCAAGCUGGAGGAUCGUUUGAGGGAAUGUACAGUGUCCAAGACUCCUGUCACUGAGGUCUGGCCCAGGGUCUUCAUUGGAAAUGAAGAGACUGCAUGGGACCGAGAUCAACUGAAGGAGAUGGGAAUUACUCAUAUCCUUAAUGCUGCAGCGCCAAAAAAGGACCUGAAGUUCUUGUUGGGAAUGGCAAGCGAGAAAGACCUUCUAGGAACGGUCAACACAGGGUCCAGAUAUUACAGAGGCAUGAACAUGACUUACUGUGGCCUGCCUUCGUUCAGACACUGGGCCAAUAUCAGCAAAUACUUCUUGCCAGCAGCCAAAUUUAUCCAUAAGGCCUUGAGGAACCCAAGGAGUAAGGUGUUGAUUCACUGCACACAGGGUCUUAGCCACUCGGCGACUCUGUUUCUGGCUUAUCUGAUGAUCUGCCAUGACAUGAUGGUGGAGGAGGCCAUUGAUCAUGUCAUAAAAGUGAGAUGCAUCAAGCCCUAUUUCGGCCAUCUGAAGCACCUGGCGUUCCUCAAUGCCGACCUUGUGCUGCAGCGAAAUCUAAAGCUACAGGGGGGAAAAACAGACAAAAAGAUGAACAAAUGGCAGGUUAAAACAAAAUUCAGUCAGAUCAAUCACAAUUGGUACAAGUUAAGUAAAAUGCUUUACCGUUGCAAACAUAAACUCAUUAUACUCACUCAAUCCCAUGAUUCCUCCUUCUCCCGUUGUUUUGACAGAGCCAUCGUGGGUCGAAGGUUUUUCUUCCUGCAGGGAAUGUUGUAUUUGUACCGUAUGGUGACCAUGUACAUCACAACUCUUCCUGUUCCCAGCAUGCACAUGCACUGCGCCCCGAAGCCUGGACGUAGUGGUGGAGUAUUUCAUCACCUCACGUCUCUUCUACUGGUACCACACCAUGGCCAACAACCGGUACAGAUUAUUGAUCUGUCAGUCUCCGAACACCACACAAUGUCCACAGAGGUCAGAGAGGUGCUUCUGGAGGUUUACCUCAACGGUGCCUUCUACUGCAGGGAAAGUUACUGGGCAUCAGAUGAUAAAGAUGUGCAGCUGGAGUUUGAGAUCACCAAUGCCAUCUAUGACCUUCUCGGCUGCAGCGCAUCUCAAGAGAUAGAUGUGCAGCUGGAGUUUGAGACGGACGAUCACGUCUCAGUCGGUCACUGCAGUCCAGGAGAGAUGCACAUGGAGCUGGAGACUGAUGAGAAUCAGAACAUCUCAGUCUGUGAAGUGAAAGACUUGCAGCUGGAGAUGAACAGGAACGUCAGCGUCUCAGAGCUGAAGAAGCCUGCGCUGGUGUCUGAAGAUCUGAGAGACCCAGCAGGACCUUCAGUGGAAGACAGCGGUGUUCAGGAGAACAGCCCGACAGAAAGCACUGCUGGGUGGAUGUUCAAGAAAAUAAGUGCAGUCUUCCAGCAAUUGACUGCAAUCUUCCAGACAAAUGCACUGAAUGCUGUUGGGGAACCUGAAGUGGAUCUUCUUGAUCCAGAGGAAUCAUUUGGUCCAGAUCCCAGCAUUUCCAAGCAAGAACCUGAAGUGAAUCUGGUCGAUAUCGAACAACAGUGUGUCCCAGAUCCCAGCGUUCCUGAUCCAGAACCCGAAGUUGAUCUUCUUGAUACAGAGAAAUCAUUUGGUCCAGAUCCCAGCAUUCCUGAUCCAGAACCUAAAGUGGAUCUUGUUGAUCCAGAGGAAUCAUUUGGUCCAGAUCCCAGCAUUUCCAAGCAAGAACCUGAAGUGAAUCUGGUCGAUACCGAGCAGUCAUGUAUCCCAGAACCUGAAAUGGAUCUUCUUGAUUCAGAGGAAUCAUGUCUCCCAGAUCCCAGCAUUCCCGAGCCAGAACCUGAAAUGAAUCUGGUCGAUAUUGAACAAUCGUGUGUCCCAGAUCCCAGCGCUCCUGGUCCAGGACCUGAAGUGGAUCUUGUUGAUCCAGAGGAAUCCUGUGCACCUGGUCCAAGCGUUCCCGAGCCAGAACCUGAAGUGACAUCAGAGCAUUUAAGUUUGGAAAACUGCAUCCGUCUUAAUGUGUCCAAGCUGGAGGAUCGUUUGAGGGAAUGUACACUGUCCAAGACUCCUGUCACUGAGGUCUGGCCCAGGGUCUUCAUUGGAAAUGAAGAGACUGCAUGGGACCGCAAUAAACUGAAGGAGAUGGGAAUUACUCAUAUCCUUAAUGCUGCAGCGCCAAAAAAGGACCUGAAGUUCUUGUUGGGAAUGGCAAGCGAGAAAGACCUACUAGGAACGGUCAACACAGGGUCCAGAUAUUACAGAGGCAUGAACAUGACUUACUGUGGCCUGCCUUCGUUCAGACACUGGGCCAAUAUCAGCAAGUACUUCUUGCCAGCAGCCAAAUUUAUCCAUAAGGCUUUGAGGAACCCAACGAGUAAGGUGUUGAUUCACUGCACACAGGGUCUUAGCCACUCGGCGACUCUGUUUCUGGCUUAUCUGAUGAUCUGCCAUGACAUGAUGGUGGAGGAGGCCAUUGAUCAUGUCAUAAAAGUGAGAUGCAUCAAGCCCUAUUUCGGCCAUCUGAAGCACCUGGCGUUCCUCAAUGCCGACCUUGUGCUGCAGCGAAAUCUAAAGCUACAGGGGGGAAAAUCAGACAAAAAGAUGAACAAAUGGCAGGUUAAGACAAAAUAG